AAAUGACUUUUAUUUUGGUGGAUCAUUUCCGGAAGCUCUACAUAACACCGGAAGAGGUUAUUUGAGCUGUGAUGUUUAUAUCGUCCAUGCUUAAAUUUUGACUCUACCAUUAAAAAUAUAGCUUUCUAUUGUUAGUCAAACCUUACCAAUAAAGGCAUCCAGAAAUGAUCAUCCCAGUCAGGUGUUUCACUUGUGGGAAGAUCGUGGGGAACAAAUGGGAAGCCUACCUUGGGCUUCUUCAGGCGGAAUACACUGAGGGUGAUGCUCUCGAUGCCCUGGGCCUGAAGAGAUACUGCUGUCGGAGGAUGCUCCUCUCCCAUGUGGAUCUUAUUGAGAAGUUGUUGAAUUAUGCACCGCUGGAAAAAUUUUAGCCAGAAGAACAUGCCUGUGCAUAUUUUCAUAGGGUUUAAAAAUUGUCAGCAGUAAAGAUGACUUAGUGUAUUGUGCACAUGUGAUAGUAAAAUUUGUCUUUUUUAAAUAAAGUUGUUUAAAAUAUUUCA